CACUUUCCAUUAUCAUACCCCACACUUCCCUUUCCAAGUCACCAUAUUUCUCACCGCCAUUAUUCCUCUUCACCAUCAUCACCACCACCACCAUGAUCAACUGAACUUAAAUCUUCUCAUAUUUGCACCACUCUCUCACACCUUCAUAUAUCUACAACAAUGUCACCACACUUUCAAACACUGUUACCACUUCAUCUUAAUCUUAACAUGUCUUCUUCCUUUCCACCUUCCUGGCUCACUUCCCCUUCAUGUUCCACUCUCGACAUAGAUUCAUCUUCACCCACCGCGUUUCUCACAGUUCAGUGGCUAAGGUUUCUUCUCCUAUCACCAUGCCCUCAACGAGUUAUUCUCUCUGGUGUUGAUUCCAUCUUCUUGCUCAUUGUCUUCGCCUUUUCAGCUGUUAAACUCUAUUCUAGAUUCACUUCCCCUCGCACCUCUUCCUCUUCCGUUACCAAACCCCUUUUGCAGGAGGAAAAACGCUCUCACUAUAAAGUCACCUUCUGGUUUAAACUAACCUUCUUGGUGACCACCCUUUUGGUCGCAGCUUAUGCUGUUCUUGGUGUCUUGGCCUAUACUCAAACGAGUCUUUCUUCAUGGACAGUCAUAGAGGCACUCUUUCGGCUCUUUCAAGCUGCGGCCAACAUAGUGGUUGUGAUCCUGUUGGUUCACGAGAACAAGUUCAAAGCUUUGGAGCACCCUUUGUCGCUGAGAAUGUAUUGGAUUGCAAACAUGGUGGUUUCGUGCUUUUUUGCCGUUUCGGCUAUUGUUCGCUUUGUGAUUGUGGAUGGAGCGAGAUUGGAGCUUAGUUUGAGAGUGGAUGACGUGUUUUCUUUGGUUAAUCUCCCACUUUCUGCGUUCCUUUUCGUUGUAGCAGUGAAAGGAGUAACGGGGAUUCAGGUGGUUGGAAUUUCUGAUGAAGUGACAGCAUAUCAGUGCCUUUCCAGCGAGAGAAAUUUGAGUCCUUAUGCUCAUUCUUCGAUUUUUUCCAAAAUAGUGUGGCUUUGGAUGAACCCUUUGCUGAACAAAGGGUACCAAACACCCCUGAAGCUCGAUGAUGUGCCUUCUCUUCCUCUGGAGUUCCGAGCAGAAAAAAUGUCAGAGCUUUUCCAAAGCAAUUGGCCGAAGGAAGAGGAUAACAGCAAGCAGCCGGUUGGUGUCACCUUGUUUAGAUGCUUUUGGAAGCACAUAGCUUUCACUGGCUUUCUUGCAGUUAUAAGACUUGCGGUUAUGUAUAUUGGUCCAAUGCUUAUUCAGAGUUUUGUUGAUUUCACCGCAAGGAAAGAUAGCACCCCUCUUGAAGGACUUAUUCUGAUUCUGAUCCUGUUCUUUGCAAAAUCUGUUGAGGUCCUCUCUGUGCACCAAUUCAACUUCAACUCUCAGAAACUAGGCAUGUUAAUGCGUUCCAGCAUCAUAACUUCCGUGUACAAGAAAGGUUUGAGGCUGUCAAGUUCUUCAAGGCAGACUCAUGGCACCGGCCAGAUUGUGAACCACAUGGCCGUUGAUGCACAACAGCUCUCAGAUUUGAUGAUGCAGUUUCAUCCCAUAUGGUUGAUGCCACUGCAAGUAGCUGCAGCAUUGGCACUUAUCUACAACAGUAUUGGCGUGUCAGCGCUUGCAGCGCUGCUUGGAACCAGUGUGGUGUUUGUUUUCACUCUCAUUCGCACCAAGAAGAGCAACACGUUCCAGUUCAGGAUAAUGAAGAGCCGUGACCUGAGGAUGAAGGCCACGAAUGAGUUGCUUAACAACAUGCGUGUGAUCAAGUUUCAAGCUUGGGAGGAGUACUUUGGCAACAAGAUUCAGCAGUUUCGCGAAGCCGAACACGGUUGGAUUGGAAAGUUCUUGUACUACUUUGCCAUUAACAUGGGGGUUCUCACCACUGCUCCUUUGUUGGUAUGUGUUCUCACUUUUGGAGCUGCUGUUCUUCAGGGGGUUCCUUUGAACGCUGGCACUGUGUUCACCAUCACUUCGGUGAUCAAGAUUUUGCAAGAGCCUGUGAGAACCUUCCCUCAGGCUCUCAUCUUGAUCUCCCAAGCGAUGAUAUCUCUUGGGAGGUUGGAUGAGUUCAUGAUGAGCAAGGAAAUGGAUGAGGGUGCAGUGGAGAGAUUGGAGGGAUGUGAUGGUGACAUCGCUGUGGAGAUAAAAAAUGGAGAAUUCUCCUGGGAAGAUGCAGAUGCAAAUGUGUCUCUGAAAGUCGAAGAGUUGGAGAUCAAGAGAGGGGAACAUGCUGCUGUUGUGGGAACAGUUGGGUCAGGCAAGUCUUCGUUACUGGCUUCUUUGUUAGGGGAAAUGAUCAAGAUAUCAGGAAAGGUUAGAGUUUGUGGGUCAAUAGCCUAUGUAGCACAGACAUCAUGGAUUCAGAAUGCAACCAUCCAAGAGAACGUAUUGUUUGGUUUACCAAUGAACAGAGAGAAGUACGAAGAAGCUAUAAGAGUGUGUUGCCUGGAAAAGGAUCUUGAAAUGAUGGAAUAUGGAGACCAAACUGAGAUUGGAGAAAGGGGUAUUAACCUCAGUGGUGGCCAGAAGCAACGUAUACAACUUGCUAGAGCUGUAUACCAAGACUGUGACAUCUAUCUCCUUGAUGAUGUAUUCAGUGCUGUUGAUGCACAAACUGGAUCAUUCAUUUUCAAGGAAUGUAUCAUGGGGGCUCUAAAAAACAAGACCAUUUUACUUGUAACCCACCAAGUUGACUUCCUGCAUAAUGUUGACUGUAUAAUGGUGAUGAGAGAAGGGAGAAUCGUGCAAAGUGGGAAGUAUGAUGAACUUCUCAAUGCAGGCCUGGAUUUUGGUGCACUUGUGGCUGCUCAUGAAUCAUCUAUGGAGAUUGCAGAAUCUAGCGAUAAAGGUGGUGGUGAUGAUUCGAUUCAGUCUCCGAAACUGGCUCGAAUCCCUUCAAAAGAAAAGGAAAAAGCAGGUGAAAAGCAACCUCAAAAUCAAGCUAAGUCAGCUAACACCACUGCAAAGCUCAUUGAAGAUGAGGAAAGAGAAACCGGUCGUGUGAACCUUCAAGUGUACAAACACUACUUCACUGAAGCAUUUGGGUGGUGGGGUAUUGUGCUGAUGCUGGCAAUGUCUCUAACAUGGAUUUUAUCCUUCUUGGCUGGUGAUUACUGGCUAGCAAUUGGAACUGCAGAAGGCACUAACUUUGCUCCUUCUACAUUCAUCACUGUCUAUGCUUGCAUAGCACUUGGUGUAACUGUUGUUGUGAUGGCAAGAUCAAUCUUAUUUACCUAUUGGGGUCUCAAGACAUCUCAAAGCUUCUUCGGUGGAAUGCUUCAAAGCAUUCUGCAUGCACCAAUGUCAUUCUUUGACACCACUCCCUCUGGCAGAAUUUUGAGUCGUGUAUCUACUGAUAUACUUUGGCUUGACAUAUCAAUUCCAAUGUUGGUGAACUUCGUAAUGGUUGCAUACUUCUCGGUGAUCAGCAUCCUCUUUGUGACAUGCCAAAAUGCUUGGGAAACGGUCUUCCUCUUAAUCCCACUGUUCUAUCUUAAUAACUGGUAUCGGAAAUAUUACCUUGCAUCUUCUCGGGAAUUGACUCGCCUUGAUUCCAUCACCAAAGCUCCUGUGAUUCACCACUUUUCAGAAACCAUUGCUGGUGUUAUGACCAUUCGUGGCUUUAAAAAACAGAACGCAUUUUGUCAAGAAAAUAUUGACAAAGUCAAUGCUAGUCUGAGAAUGGAUUUCCACAACAAUGGGGCCAAUGAAUGGCUUGGUUUUCGCUUGGACUACAUGGGAGUGGUUUUCCUUAGCAUCAGCACUGUUUUUAUGAUCUUUCUCCCAAGUGCUAUCAUGAGGCCAGAAUAUGUUGGUCUGUCUUUGUCCUAUGGUUUAGCUCUGAGUAGUCUUUUGGCAUUUACCAUAUCAAUGACUUGUUCUGUUGAGAACAAAAUGGUUUCAGUUGAGAGAAUAAAACAGUUCACCAACCUUCCCUCAGAAGCGCCAUGGAAAAUGGCUGAUACCUCUCCUCCUAAGAAUUGGCCCAGCCAUGGACACAUUGAGUUAAACAAUUUGCAGGUUCGGUAUCGGCCAAAUACUCCUCUGGUUCUCAAAGGAAUCUCUCUCACCAUUGAAGGAGGAGAAAAGAUUGGUGUUGUUGGUCGAACAGGGAGUGGGAAAUCAACCCUCAUUCAGGUGUUGUUUAGGUUGAUUGAGCCUUCAGCUGGGAAAAUAAUUGUUGAUGGUAUCAACAUUUGUACUGUGGGCCUUCAUGAUCUCAGAUCUCGAUUUGGAAUUAUUCCUCAAGAACCUGUUCUCUUUCAAGGAACAGUACGAAGCAACGUUGAUCCCCUUGGCCUGUAUUCAGAAGAAGAAAUCUGGAAGAGCCUAGAACGUUGCCAACUGAAAGAUGUGGUGGCUGCAAAGCCUGAGAAACUUGAGGCUUCAGUGGUUGAUGGCGGAGACAAUUGGAGUGUGGGGCAAAGACAGCUUCUGUGUUUGGGAAGGAUCAUGCUAAAACGCAGCAAAAUACUGUUCAUGGAUGAGGCAACAGCAUCUGUUGAUUCACAAACUGAUGCUGUAAUACAGAAAAUCAUCCGAGAGGAUUUUGCAGAUCGUACAAUUAUCAGCAUUGCUCAUAGAAUACCUACAGUGAUGGACUGUGACAAAGUUUUAGUCAUUGAUGCAGGGCUUUCAAAAGAAUAUGACAAGCCAUCACGGUUGCUAGAAAGGCCUUCACUUUUUGCAGCAUUGGUUAAGGAGUACUCCAAUAGAUCUGCAUAAAUAUAGGCUUAGAUUCUGACAAGGAUAAUUUUUGUACUCUCUUUGGAACACAUGACACCAAAGUCAAAUGACUCUGGUAGAUUUUGAUGUUUUAUCCAUUCACUGGUUCAAUAAUUAGACUAGGAUAGUAUGCAAUAAGUUUUUUUUUUUUUUUUCUUUUAAUUAUUGGGUUAUAAAUAUCCACUUUAGAUGCAAUUAUUAUUAUCAUCAUUAUUCAUUUUUUUCUUUUGAUA